AUGGCUCGCACAGGGUGGACCAGCCCCCUUCCCCUAUGUGUUUCUCUGCUGCUGACCUGUGGCUUUGCUGAGGCAGGGAAGCUGCUAGUAGUGCCCAUGGAUGGGAGUCACUGGUUCACCAUGCAGUCGGUGGUGGAGAAACUUAUCCUCAGGGGGCAUGAGGUGGUUGUAGAUGCCAGAGGUGAGUUGGCAACUGGGAAAAUCACUGAAUUGCACAGUGAAGACUUACUCAACCUCAUACACCUGGAGGAUCUGGACCGGGAAUUCAUGGAUUUCGCCGAUGCUCAAUGGAAAGCACAAAUACAAAGUUUGUUUUCUCUAUUUCUGAGUUCAUCCAAUGGUUUUUUUGACUUAUUUUUUUCGCAUUGCAGGAGUUUGUUUAAUGACCGAAAAUUAGUAGAAUACUUAAAGGAGAGUUCUUUUGAUGCGGUGUUUCUUGAUCCUUUUGAUGCCUGUGGCUUAAUUGUUGCCAAAUAUUUCUCCCUCCCCUCUGUGGUCUUCGCCAGGGGAAUAGCUUGCCACUAUCUUGAAGAAGGUGCACAGUGCCCUGCUCCUCUUUCCUAUGUCCCCAGAAUUCUCUUAGGGUUCUCAGAUGCCAUGACUUUCAAGGAGAGAGUACGGAACCACAUCAUGCACUUGGAGGAACAUUUAUUUUGCCAGUAUUUUUUCAAAAAUGCCCUAGAAAUAGCCUCUGAAAUUCUCCAAACACCUGUCACAGCAUAUGAUCUCUACAGCCACACAUCAAUUUGGUUGUUGCGAACGGACUUUGUUUUGGACUAUCCCAAACCCGUGAUGCCCAAUAUGAUCUUCAUUGGUGGUAUCAACUGUCAUCAGGGAAAGCCAUUGCCUAUGUAUAAACGACCCCCGAACAAUGUGGGAAUGAAGGGGACCAACCCGUGUGAAGUAGAAAAUCCACACAGAUCUUUUGAUUCUCGAAAAACAUAA